GUCUGAAGUCUCUGUGUGCCUAACGCAGUCACCUUGUACUGUAUGCAGCUUGCCCUGGCAUUUAUCAGUCCCACUUACCAGUGCUGAUAGCCACCUGCCACAAGAUGACCUGGUCCUUGAGACUACUCUGUGCGGCAGCUCUAAUCUUGGUUGCCAUGUCGGCGACAUUACCUGUGGAGAUCGUGGACGUGGAUCCUGGUGACCCUGAGGUCCAGGCGUGUGCCUCAUUCGGCCUCGAGUCGCUCAGUUUUCGUGACCAGGCCCACCACUACAGCAUCCACAAGGUGGUGUCUGUCACCAAGGAGAACAUUGGUGCGGGUCAGUAUGACAUCGAUGUGGAGGUGAAGAAGACCCCAUGUGGCCUUGAAGGAGUCGACUCGUGUGCCCCUGGCUCAGCUGAUGGACAGAUUCUGUACUGUAAGUUUGUGGUUAUAACUGCUCCAUGGAAGAAGCAACGGAUUCUGAUCAGGAGCUCAUGCAGCGACUCCCAGUUUUAAACUGCAGAGCUUCUCCAGAGAAGGCCAGGACUAUGUCCCUCUACAUAAUACUGUAUAUGAUAAUAAAGAAUAAAAGAGCA